AACGCGUGUCAAAGAUAUUUCCUGAGGAGCUGCCACAUGGCUCAGGGAUUUCCAUGAUUGGUGUUCCUCAUAGGUUGCUUGAUGUUCAUGGAUUGGUUUUAUAUCCAUUUAGUCUAACCCAUGAAUUAAAUUCAGCAAUUCUUCUGCUGCUAGUCAAUUUCUCUGUUUUUUCUCUUCUUUUCCUGCUCUCUGUCCACAGCAACCAGUUCAUUAGCAUUUUCAUCUGAAAUCCAACUCAAAUUUAUCUUUUUUGACAGUAAUGGCAUCUUCUGCUUUGUUUUGCAACUCAAUUAACCCUUCAUCUUCCGUUUUUCCAAGAACCCAUUUCCCUUUUCCGGUCUUUAACAGCUCCUCAGUGGAAUUGUCGUCUUUUGCUCACUGUAAUUUCUUCCUCAAAAGCAGGAAGAGUGACCAAAACAAGAAAUUAGCGCAAGUGAGAGCUGCAGUUACCGAGUUACCUACUGUGACCGAAUCAAAUGGGAAACCAUCAGAUAAAAGGAAAUUGCGGGUUCUUGUUGCUGGGGGUGGGAUUGGCGGGCUGGUUUUUGCGUUGGCAGCUAAAAGGAAGGGAUUUGAGGUGUUGGUUUUUGAGAAGGAUAUGAGUGCAAUAAGAGGAGAAGGGCAAUACAGGGGUCCAAUUCAGGUACAGAGCAAUGCUUUAGCUGCUUUGGAGGCUAUUGAUUUAGAGGUUGCUGAAGAGGUUAUGAAAGCUGGGUGUAUCACUGGUGAUAGGAUUAAUGGGCUUGUUGAUGGGGUUUCUGGUUCUUGGUACGUCAAGUUUGACACCUUCACCCCUGCAGCAGAACGAGGGCUUCCAGUCACAAGAGUUAUUAGCCGGAUGACUUUGCAACAAAUCCUAGCUCGGGCUGUUGGAGAAGAUGUGAUUCUCAAUGAAAGUAAUGUUGUUAGUUUCGAAGAUCAUGGAAAUAAGGUCACCGUGAUGCUUGAGAAUGGAAAGCAUUAUGAAGGUGAUCUCCUAGUUGGUGCUGAUGGAAUACGGUCCAAGGUAAGGAAGAAUUUGUUUGGGCCUAAGGAAGCCACAUAUUCAGGCUACACUUGUUAUACUGGCAUUGCAGAUUUUGUGCCUGUUGAUAUUGAGUCUGUGGGGUAUCGAGUAUUUUUGGGCCAUAAACAAUACUUUGUUUCUUCAGAUGUGGGUGGUGGGAAGAUGCAGUGGUAUGCAUUUCACAAUGAACCAUCUGGUGGCAUGGAUAGACCCAAUGGUAAAAAGGAAAGGCUGCUACAAAUAUUUAAGGGUUGGUGUGACGAUGUAAUAGAUUUGAUACUUACCACAGAAGAAGAUGCAAUUCUUCGACGUGACAUAUAUGAUAGAGAACCCAUAUUCACAUGGGGAAGAGGUCGUGUGACCUUGCUUGGAGAUUCAGUCCAUGCCAUGCAGCCAAAUAUGGGUCAAGGGGGUUGCAUGGCCAUUGAGGAUGGUUAUCAACUUGCAUUGGAGCUUGAUAAGGCAUGGGAACAAAGCAUUGUAUCAGGAACACCCGUUGAUGUUGUUUCAUCCCUAAGGAGCUAUGAGAGUGCUAGAAGAAUUCGAGUUGCCGUCAUCCAUGGAAUGGCAAGAAUGGCUGCAAUGAUGGCUUCAACUUAUAAGGCCUAUUUGGGUGUUGGCCUUGGUCCACUGUCGUUUUUGACAAAGCUUCGGAUACCACAUCCAGGAAGAGUUGGUGGGAGAUUUUUUAUUGACUUAGCAAUGCCUUUAAUGCUCAGUUGGGUCUUAGGUGGUAAUAGCUCAAAACUUGAAGGGAGGUCCCAAUGUUGCAGACUCUCAGACAAAGCCAGCGACCAACUACGGACAUGGUUUGAAAAUGAUGACGCCUUGGAGCGUGCUCUUGAUGGAGAGUGGUUUCUUUUACCGUGUGGACAUGAGAUCGUUGCUUCAGAACCUAUCUGUUUAAGUAGGGACGAGAAUACACCCUGUAUGGUUGGGAAUGUAUCACAUGAAGAUUUUCCUGGAAGAACUAUAGUGUUACCCUCAUCACAGGUCUCCAAUAUGCAUGCUCGUAUUAGCUAUAAAAAUGGUGCAUUUUACCUAAUUGAUUUGGGGAGCAAACAUGGCACCUUUAUCACACACAAGGGAGAGAGACGGUGUAGGGUGCCACCAAACUUUCCGACUCGAUUUCACCCGUCAGAUGUAAUUGAGUUUGGUUCAGAUGAGAAGGCAAAAUUUCGAGUUAAGGUGAUGAGAUCCUCUCCGAAGAUUAAAGAGAAGGGAGAAAGUGAACUGCUUAGAUCGGUGUGAUCUGAAGUUCAUCUUUUUCCAAGUCGCCAAGGAAGUUGUACAGCAUUUAUUAGGUGCACUGGAGCAAUGUAAAUCUGCUGCAUUUUGUUGAAGCAAAGCUUUACCCGAGUACAGAGCAUUACACCAUACUUGCAAAAUUAGUACAAUUGUUUGUGAAACCUGGAAACAUGUAUUGUAACUUUCACUCAUUCACAAAUCAUCAAUAGUCUUGUUAAAGGAAGGAACUUUCUUCA